CCUCCCACCAGCAGCCAACCUGAUAUCAAAGAGGCAAGAGGCAUCUCAGAUUCGUCAACAUUCCUUUAAUGAGCUGAGAAACUUUUCAUGGUAAACUCAGCAGCUGAGUAACAGGAUGAUGGUACCACAACAGGUAGAUAAUCAAGGCAGGAGGUCAAAGCGUUGGAGCCAACACCCACCCCGGAUGGGGUAUAAAAGGGCCGGGAGGAGAGGAGGCUUCAGACUCAGUGGCUUGGCCUUCCCAGCUGAUCUGAAGCUCCUGUGCAACCUCAGCCCAACACCAUGACCUCCUCCUACAGCAGCUCCUCCUGCCUUCUGGGCUGCACCAUGGCUCCUGGAGGAAGAAAUGCCUGCGUCUCUCCCAUCGACACUGGGUGCCAGCCCGGGGCAGAGGCCAAGGCUGCCUCCAUGUGCCUCUUGGCCAACGUGGCACACGCCAACCGAGUCCGUGUGGGGUCCACCCCCCUGGGCCGCCCCAGCCUCUGUCUGCCCCCCACCUGCCACACUGCUUGUCCCUUGCCAGGGACCUGCCACAUUCCCGGCAACAUCGGAAUCUGUGGGGCCUACGGCGAAAACACCCUGAAUGGCCAUGAGAAAGAGACCAUGCAGUUCCUGAACGACCGCCUGGCCAACUACCUGGAGAAGGUGCGCCAGCUGGAGCGGGAGAACGCGGAGCUGGAGAGCCAACUCCGUGAGAGGAGCAAGUGCCACGAGUCCACCGUGUGCCCCGACUACCAGUCCUACUUCCGCACCAUCGAGGAGCUCCAGCAGAAGAUCCUGUGCAGCAAGGCUGAGAAUGCCAGGCUGAUUGUACAAAUUGACAAUGCCAAGCUGGCCGCCGAUGACUUUAGGAUCAAGCUGGAGAGUGAGCGCUCCCUGCGUCAGCUGGUGGAGGCGGACAUGUGUGGGACACAGAAGCUCCUCGAUGAUGCGACCCUGGCCAAGGCGGACCUGGAGGCCCAGCAGGAGUCCCUGAAGGAAGAGCAGCUCUCUCUAAAGAGCAACCAUGAGCAGGAAGUGAAGACUCUGAGGAGUCAGCUGGGGGACAAGAUGCGGAUCGAGCUGGACAUUGAGCCCACCAUUGACCUGGGCAGGGUGCUGGGGGAGAUGCGGGCUCAGUACGAGGCCAUGGUGGAGACCAACCGCCAGGACGCGGAGCAGUGGUUCCAAGCCCAGUCCGAAGGCAUCAGCCUGCAGGCCAUGUCCUGCUCCGAGGAGCUGCAGUGCUGCCAGUCGGAGAUCCUGGAGCUGCGAUGCACCGUGAACGCCCUGGAGGUGGAGCGCCAAGCCCAGCACACCUUGAAGGACUGCCUGCAGAACUCCCUGUGUGAAGCCGAGGACCGCUUUGGCACGGAGCUGGCCCAGAUGCAGAGCCUGAUCAGCAACGUGGAGGAGCAGCUGUCCGAGAUCCGCGCUGACCUGGAGCGGCAGAACCAGGAGUACCAGGUGCUGCUGGACGUGAAGGCCCGGCUGGAGAACGAGAUUGCCACGUACCGAAACCUUCUGGAGAGCGAGGACUGCAAACUCCCCUGUAAUCCGUGCUCCACGCCUCUCUCCUGUGUGGCUGCCCCCUGUGCUCCUCGCCCAAGCUGUGGCCCCAGCACCACCUGUGGAGCCAGCACCGGAAGCCGACUCUGAAUUCCUGUGGACCCGUGGGGGCUGGCUAAGGCGAGGGAUACCCAGACAGAGAUGCUUGUUAUACCUUUAGAAAACUUGGCUUCUAACUUUCUGUAUGUAUAGGCCUGUCCAAAGGCUAUAAGACACCAGGGACAGAGAAAUCUUGAUGCAAAAUCCCUCCUUUCCAACUCUGGAUUUCCCAGAUGAGUUCUAUGCCCUCAGCGGAUGGAUUCCAACCACCCAUGGUGGUUCAAAAUAUCUGGAUUGGAGAGACGUAAGGUUGAAAAAGCGUUCUGCAGUGGGAGUACAGCAUGAUUCAAAAUUGCACCUGCACUUCAAGGACACCAAGUUUAACUUGAAAUUUUUAAAGUUUGUGACAAAGGAAGUGAAGAACAGGCUUCCCUGUCUGAGAUUCCCCAUGUUUCUUGGGUUGGUUUUAACACUGCCAGCCUGGAUUAUGGCAUCAGGGAGAGGGAAAUAGAACCAGAAUUGUACCUGAUCUUUUCUUUUUCAAUUCCCUUCUCCUAUCCUCCUGCCUCCCUACCUUGGAUGCUGAUUAAGUAGAACAUUUCCUGGUAUCAAAUCCUGAGUUCUCUCUACGUCAGGGUUUCUACCUUUGACAAAGGACCAGAUUUCCCUUUUCUGUGUCAACACAGCCUCUUACAUAUGGCUUACAUAGCUUCUUGCUAUGUGAAAGGAACUUUCAUAAGAAAUGUCUCUUUUUUUUCUCUAUAAAUUCCGACUCUCAAGACUCGUCUGGCUAUAACCCCUGUCCCUAUCUAAUUCUCCUAGUUUAAAAUCUAAACAAUGACUUCAGUCUUUUCCUAGUAUUUCCUCCUGAAGUGCUGAAACCUGUUGAUUUACCAGGUGGAGAACUGCUAGGUAUGAUGUGCUUCCACCUCUUCUCCUACUCUCUACCUUCCUUACCGUGAUUCAGCCACACUGGCCUUUCUGUUCUUUGGACAUGGCUGGAGACCUGUCCCUGCUCUUCUACUCUCUGGGCUGCUCUUCCCCCUCCCUGUAAAUGUUCAGGUCAGUUGCCAGUUUCCUUCCUCGGAGAGCUCCUGCUUGACUAUCCGUGUAAAGGACUCACAACCCCUGACACUGUCCUGCUCAUUUAGCACCUCCAACAGCUGAACUUGCCUCUGUAUCUAUCGUUUUCCCAAUCAAAAUGCUUACCCAAGAUUAGCAAUUGCUCACUGCUGCAUCUCCAGAGCCUAGCCCACUGCUUGGUACAUAAUGGAUGCUUAAUAAAUAUCUGUCGCAAGAACGAA